GAAGCUGAUUGUAAGGUGGAAUGACAACAGCGUGGUCACCGUGGUGUCGAACAUGGAGAGGGAGUUCACCGAAACUGAGGCGAAGAGAUGGAAUAAACAGAAGCGGACUAUGGACAAGGUCAGACAGCCCAAGUGUAUCCAGGACUACAACACACACAUGGGAGGAGUGGACCUGCAUGACCAGUUUGUCAGCCGCUACAGAGUCAACAUCCGGUCCAAGAAGUGGUGGUGGCCAUGCUUCAGCUGGGCCCUGAACAGUGCCAUGGUGAACAGCUGGUGCUAUUACAGGUCCUGGAAAAGCGGGGAGAAGGAUCUCCUCUCCUUCCAGAGGCUGGUAGCCCAGACCCUCCUCCUGCGCCAUGGAACAAAGCCAAGUAGGCAGGGCAGAAGAUCUUCAAUGGCGGUGGCGAUAACUGAUGCCACCAGGUUUGAUAAUUUGAACCACUGGCCCUGCAACACUGGUAGCAGGUACAAGCGAUGCAAGAACUGCGGCGGACGCACAUCAUUUGCGUGUGGAAAGUGUGAUGUGCCACUACAUGUGGAGUGCUUCAAGAAGUACCACACUGAGUAGAACAUGCAUGAAAGAUGAUGGAAUGUAUGGGAAGAAAUAUGUUAUAUAUGUAUAUAUGUUUUUAGAGGUUCUAAGAAAAAAAUGUUUGUUGAGUUUUUGAGUAUAAAAAAAUUGAGAAUAAAGAAAUCAGUUCAAAUUGUUUGAUGUUUUGAAUUUUAUACAGGGGGAACCUGAGGCUCCAC